AUGCAGCUCGCGAUCAACACAGUCGACCCGCUCAACCUCGUAGCGAAGAUGCAGGCGCAGGAAUUAUUUGAUUCAGCGACUGCUCAGGAGAAGACUGCAUAUACAUUCCACGGAGCAAUUCACAUUCAAGAUGCCGCCGUGGCCAAAGACUUCGCGCUCAAUACCUACACCCAGCCUAGCUAUCCUCGCACACUAGUCGUAUGGGCCGAUGGCAACGGGGGUAAACGCCUCGACGACGGCCCAUGCACCGCAGCUAUAGGAUACCACGACCCUUUAUCUCGAGAAUGGGAAGUGCACAUCACCGUGAGCCAUCGUCCUUCUUGGAUUGAAGCUAGCCUCAUCGCCAUCCAGGAAGCUUUCCGUGCUGCUGCGACGCUGGCUGACCACAUCGACCACUUGAUCGUGUUUUCAAAUGCGCAGAAAGUGCUUGCGAACCUUGAAAAGAGCAGCGAUCUCUCAUGGGGACGAGAUGAAGCUCUCGUAGAAAGGGUACAGCAGGCUGUAAGGGAGCUGAAGGAACAAGGUAUGCAGGUAGAUCUGCAUUUUGUACCGAACCGUACGAGAAUAGAAGGCCAUAGGCGGGUGCAGAGACUCUCCCGAAAGUACAAGAAGAAGGUCAUGGCGGUGGCGCCGAAAGAGCUUCUGGAGUACGACAUCAACUUUUGUCCUAUCAGACUGAAGCAUCAACAGCACAAGAAUGCGAAAGAAGAGCUGGAGGUGUUGCUGCGCAGUUGCUUAGAGGAUGCGAAGGUCGCAGGUAUAGUAGGACCUCGUAGCUCGUUGAAGCACGAGUGGAGGUUCAAGGCACGUCGUCUACGAAAAGAAGCAAAGAGAGAGUAUAAGAAGAUGAGAGAGCGGGAAGGAAAGCCACUGAAGCCGACAGACUUGGAACGAGCGACAUUGCGGACGCAGAAGGGUCGUUCCAGAAAGGCGCCAGGGAAGACGGAGAACGAAGAGUUUGCCAUCGAAGCAGGGGAGAAGAUACUCGGAUGGCAAGAUAUAUACCAAGAACUCGCAGGUAGCUCGUGGGAAGAUAGACGCGGCCUGAAGAGGUGA